AUGGCUCUCCUGCAUUCACCUCUACCCAGCUCAUCCAGAAAGCGCAAGCCUCGAUCUGAAGAUGACACUCCGGCCCUCGUCGAACAGCUCGAAAAUCAGCUCAUCACUGCAAUAUCAAGCAAAUCCUCGCUCAACAAGCUGUCUGAUUUACUCAACAUCGCGCUCAAUGCACAGGAUGUCGCGCACUUGUCAAAAUCUGUCUAUGCAUUGUACAGGGUGUUCGUGUCCGUCAUAUCGAAUGGUAUGCUGCUUUCCCGCAAUCCCGACGAGGCAGCGGAAGCUGUUCAUGCUUGGCUCAUGGACAAGCUAAAUGUGUACGUCGAGCUAUUGACUGGCUUGCUCAAAGAUGAGGAACCUGUUCUAAGAACGUCUGCGUUGCAGGUUUUGCUAUCGCUACAGAAACAUUUAUCCACGUCACUAUCUGCCUCAUCGUCGUCCUCGCAGGAGCAGCCACAGUUUUACCUGUCGCACUUUCGCAAGAUCGUCACCGCACUCCUAUUCUGCCCCCCUUCACAACGCAGCUCGCCGACUGCUAAGAAGCAGAAAUUUGAGAACGAGUCUCAGGACAAUGCAUCAAUCGAACCGGAUGUGAAGGAAUUGUUUGUACGGAAAUGGCUCGACGUUUAUGACGAUAUCCGGUGGUUUUUCUUGAGAGAGUCUGGGAAUAUAGUCGCUCGUCAUCCCAGCGAGAAAGGUGGCUCCGCAGCCGUAAACCUGCUCAGCAUUCUCGAAGGCCUGACGACCUGUCCUACUGAGGCUUCCGAACUCAAUACCUGGUGGGUUGAGGAGUUUGGCACUCGCCCACGCGCUAGCAAGUCGACAGGUUCAGAUGAGGACGAGGCAGAUGAGGACGAGCCUGUAGCGGACUUGAAGGAUGACUGGCGAGCGUUCUUCGAUCAAGAACCCGCCAAGCUCAACAGCACAAAGUCAAAGGGUUCCUCGGCUCGGCUGCACACUUUGACUUUGCACGAGUCUCUUCACUCUCUAGCUUCUCAUAGAGCAGUUUUCACUCACGCAUGGCUUGCGCUGCUUCCGGCUCUAUCAGCAAGGCCAUCAGACUCGAAGGCGCUCUCUCUCCGAGUUCUGAACGUUCUGCACAGAGGAGUGAUCCCGCAUUUGACGCGACCUAUCCUUAUCAUGGACUGGGUCAGAGGCGUCGUGGGCUUGCUUGCAUUGAACGCGCUCUUCGUCCUCAUGAAGGAAUAUAACCUUGACUACCCCUCGUUCUAUACACGGCUCUAUGCCUUUCUUGACCGCGAUGUCUUACAUUUGAAGCAUCGGGCACGCUUCUUUAGGCUGACUGAAUUAUUCUUGAGUUCAACGCAUCUUCCGGCAGCCCUCGUGGCGAGCUUCGUCAAGCGGCUAUCCCGACUGUCCUUGAACGCACCGCCAGCCGCUGUGGUAAUGAUCAUUCCAUUGGUGUAUAACCUGUUCAGAAGACAUCCCGCACUCAUGCCAAUGAUUCAUCGUACGGACUACGAUACGACGAAAGAUACAUUCCAGAUGGAUGAGGCUAAUCCUGCUUUGACAAAUGCGCUGGACUCGUCGUUGUGGGAACUCUACUCUCAUCGGCAACACUAUCAUGCCGUAGUGUCGACAAUGGCAUGCAUCUUCGAGGAGGCAUUUACGCGCCCCGCAUACUCCGUGGAGGAUUUUCUUGACCAUGCAUAUGGGACGAUGUAUGAAGCUGAAGCACGUCGGAGAAUUCAAAAGGGACCAGCAGCCAAUAUGGAUUGGCAAUUCGGAAAAGACAACAGUACAGCCGUUGCAUUGUGGGGACUGUAA